AUGGUGAAGGGCGUGUACGGCGACAUGCUGCAAGAGUGCUACCGGGCAUGCGCGCGUGCCACCUGUUGCUACGAGUGGCAUUGGUUCAAGAACCCACGUCUCGCCGGGGAAAAUGCGAAUGUGGUGGGAUUCAACGACCGUGUACAGUGCUACCUGCUAGAGAAGAACGGCAGCUCGGGCACAUCGGGCGCUUUCAAGACGCCGUACGUGGGCGACACGACCACGCAGGUUGCGAACUUGGCGUCGUACCCGCUGAGCUUCAUCGGCGGGCUCUGCAAUGGCACGACGCCCGUCGGAAACGACCCGCACUUCACGAGCGCGCACGACACUCACUUCGAUUUCACCGGGCGGCUCGACAAAUCGUUUUGCCUCUUCUCUGACCGUCGAUUCCAUGUCAACAUGCAUUUGAACGGGUACCAAGGCUCUCCUCCCGUGCUUCCUUUGUCGGCCAAGUCGAGCGAGUCAAUCACGGAGCUGAACACGUGGAUUAAGGAGCUUGGCGUGGUGUGGAUAACGCUCGACGAUGCAAACCGCACGCUGCGCAUGGUUGCGUGCAAGGGCAACCGGCAGGAGCACCAGGAAAGCAGUUUCAUUUCACUCAUUCAGAUCGAUGGCCUGCCGGCCAUCCCGCCACCCGUCGGCGAGUCGAUCACGACGGAAAGCGGCUGGUGGUUACCAAAAUCGAAGAGGAUAAAGAGGGGCCGCUCGACGUGGAUCAGUUUUGGGUGCACGUGGCGGGGCUGGGGGAACUGGACGUGCGUACGCGUGGCGCACUCUCUGCUACAGACGCCGACCGAGGUGGAGGCACACUUCAAUGUCGAACUUUCCAACGUAGUAAUUUCGUCAGCUGUGCACGGCGUGUUGGGGCAGACUUUUAGAAACACGCCGAAGCAGCUGCAGCGCGCGGUGAAGUAUUCGCACCUGGCAGCGCUGCUGCACCACCCCGUGGACGUGGAUAAGGCGGAGGGCAAGGGGUUCCUGGACAGCGAGGUUGAGGACUACAUCUCCUCGUCAGUUGUCGCGCCCGACUACAAGUACGCAAGUUAUGGCUCGGCAUAA